GGCGGGGCCUGGUCGCUCCCAGCCCUGGGGCUGCCAGCCGCAGCCCGGCUCAGUCGCAGCAGCCGCCGAGAACAUGGAGCCCCCAGACGCGCGGGCCGGGGCGCGCGGGGCCCCGCGGCUGCUGGUGCUGGCGCUCCUGCUGGGGGCGCACCCAGGUGCCCAGGCUGAGGUGCGCCUGUCUGUGCCCUCCCUGGUGGAGGUGAUGAGGGGGGAGCCUGUCACGCUGUACUGCACCCCCUUGGGGGCCCGUGACCAUUUCACCCUGGAGUGGUUCCUGGCCGACCGCUCUGGGGUCCGCCACCGCCUGGCCUCUGCUGAGCUGCAGGGCUCUGAGCUCCAGGACAAGGUGCAUGACUCCUGGGGCCGGAACCCCCCAUACCAGCUGGACACCCAGGGCCGCCUGGUGCUGGCUGAGGCCCAGGUGGGCGACGAGCGGGACUAUGUGUGCAUGGUGAAGGCAGGGGCAGCAGGCACCGCUGAGGCCACCGCGAGGCUCCGCGUGUUUGCAAAACCAGAGGCUGCCGAGGUGGCUCCCAACAAAGGGAUACUGUCUGUGACGGAUCACUUCGCCCAGGAGAUUGCCACCUGCACCAGCCGCAACGGGAACCCGGCCCCCGAGAUCAUGUGGUAUCGCAAUGGGCAGCGCCUGGAGGUGCCCAUGGAGGUGAACUUAGAGGGCUACAUGACUAGCCGCAUAGUCCGCGAGGCCUCGGGCCUGCUGUCUCUCACCAGCACCCUCUACCUGCGGCUGCACAAGGCCGACCGGGAUGCCACCUUCCACUGCUCCGUGCACUACUCCCUGCCCAUGGGCCAGCAUGGCCUCCUGGACAGCCCCGCUUUCAACCUCACCCUGCACUAUCCCACAGAGAGUGUGCAGUUCUGGGUGGGCAGCCCAUCCACCACAGCAGGCUGGGUACGAGAGGGUGACUCCGUCCAGCUGUUCUGUCGGGGGGACGGCAGCCCCAGCCCGGAGUACACGUUUUUCCGCCUUCAGGACAAGCAGGAGGAUGUGCUGAAAACAAAUCUUGAGGGUCACUUGACCCUGGAGGGGUUGCAGCGGGGCCAAAGCGGGACCUAUGGCUGCAGGGUGGAGGACUACGACGCUGCGGAGGAUGCGGAGCUCUCCCAAACCCUGGAGCUGCACGUGGCCUACCUGGACCCCCUCGAGCUCAGCACCGGGGAGGAGCUCUCCAUACCCCUGGGCGGCAGCACAGCCGUGAACUGCUCCGGGCAAGGCCUGCCCACCCCUGCCCUCCGCUGGAUCAAGGAUUCAAUACCCCUGAGGGAUGGCCCCACGCUCCCGCUUAGCUCCGUCACCUUUGAUUCUGCCGGCACCUACGUGUGUGAGGCCUCCACGCCCACGAUCCCCCUCCUGAGUCGCACCCGGAGCUUCAAGCUGCUGGUCCAAGGGCUGCCAGAAUUAAGGCCAGAGGAGACCCAGCCCAAGACAGAGGGCAGCUGGAGCGAAGGAGAUGAAGUCAGGCUGGUCUGCUCUGCCCGUGGCUACCCAGAGCCCAAGCUCAGCUGGAGCCAGUUGGGUGGCAGUCCAGCAGAGCCGGUCCCCGGAGGGCAGGACUGGGUGAGCAGCUCCCUGACCCUGAAGGUGACCAGCAGCCUAAGCCGAGACGGCAUCUACUGUGAGGCCUCCAACCCACAUGGCAACAGCCGGCACGUCUUCCACUUCGGGGAUGUGGCUCCCCAGACCUCCCAGGCCGGAGUGGCUGUCAUGGCCGUGGCUGUCAGCGUGGCCCUCCUGCUCCUGGUCGUUGCCACCUUCUACUGCAUGAGACGCAAGGGGCGCCCCGGCUGCUGCCAGCGGCGGGAAAAGGGGGCUCCGCCACCCGGGGAGCCAGAGCUGAGCCACUCGGGGUCAGAGCCACCAGAGCAGAAGGGCCUGCUCAUCGGAGGUGCCUCUGGGGGAGCCAGGCGUGGCAGUGGGGGCUUCGGAGAUGAGUGCUGAGCCUGAGGACCUCCAAAAGGCAGACCCUGGACACCCCUGGGCCUGAGGGCAUCAGAGAACCAGCCCUGCUCAUGCCCCCCUGCCCCCCCACCCCCCCACCCUGCCUUCCCGGCCCUGGGCCUACCCUCUUCCUGAGCCCUCCCUUCCUUCCUCCACUGGCAGCUACUGGGAGGGAGGGGGAAAGGGUUGGUGGGAGGGAACCUUCCUUCAGGGAGGGUGACUCUCCCAGGCCCCAGAAUAGCUCCUGGACCCAAGCCCAGAGCCCAGUCUGGGACCAGGCUCCGAGGGUCAGCUGGCUGGGGCUAGUUUUACCUCCUGCCUCCAUUGCUGGUCCCCCCACCUGAUGUCCUGCUGCAGAGUCUGACACUGGAUCCCACCCUGCCCCGGCCGGCGCCAUCAUCUGUGGACACUGGAGUUGAAUAAAUGCUGUCUGUCACGUGGACACCA